UCUUCACUCUUCUCUCCCUCCCUAUUUAAUCCUUUCUGAAUUACACUUUCGUCUACUCCCCUUCUCUUUCUCCUUUCAUUUCACUUCAUGAAGGGCAUAAAAAUGGCCAAAGCUCAGAUCUUUCUCCACACUCUCCCUCUUUUUCUCGUAAUAACAUUAAAUCUUUCACCUCUAGUUGUGACUUCUUCUCAACAAGAAGAAGCUCAUGACAGAAUCACUGCUCUUCCAGGCCAACCAAAAGUCUCCUUCCAACAAUUCUCCGGCUACGUUACUGUUAACCAAGCUGUUGGUAGAGCUCUCUUCUACUGGCUCACUGAGGCCACCACUCUCCCUUUGUCUAAACCUUUGGUUGUUUGGCUUAAUGGAGGUCCUGGUUGCUCUUCUGUGGCAUAUGGUGCUUCUGAAGAAAUAGGCCCAUUUAGAAUUAACAGGACUGCCUCAGGAUUGCACCUUAACAAGUUCUCAUGGAACUCUGUGGCCAACCUCUUGUUCUUAGAGACUCCUGCUGGUGUAGGCUUCUCUUACAGCAACCGGUCGGCCGAUUUGCUCGACACGGGCGACCGCCGCACUGCUAAGGACUCACUGGCAUUCCUGAUCCGAUGGUUGGAACGAUUCCCAAGAUACAAAGGCCGUGAAGUUUAUAUCACUGGAGAGAGCUACGCCGGCCAUUAUGUCCCUCAGCUGGCUAGAGAAAUUAUGAUCUACAAUUCUAAGUCAAAACACCCUAUAAAUCUCAAAGGGAUUAUGGUGGGGAAUGCAGUGACAGACAACUACUAUGACAAUCUGGGAACUGUGACAUAUUGGUGGAGCCAUGCCAUGAUCUCUGAUAAAACAUAUAGACAACUCAUCAACACUUGUGAUUUUAGAAGGCAGAAAGAAUCAGACGAGUGUGAAUCACUUUAUAGUUAUGCCAUGGAUCAAGAGUUUGGGAACAUCGAUCAGUAUAACAUCUAUGCACCUCCCUGCAACAACUCUGAUGGUAGCACUACUACACGCCAGACUAUUCGGUUGCCUCAUCGACCCCAUAAGAUUUUGAGGCAGAUAUCAGGCUAUGAUCCUUGUACAGAAAAGUAUGCCGAGAUUUAUUACAACAGGCCUGAUGUGCAAAAAGCCCUCCAUGCUAACAUAACCAAAAUUCCUUAUAUGUGGACUGCUUGCAGCGAAUUACUAAACCGCAAUUGGAAUGACACAGAUGUAUCAGUUCUUCCAAUUUAUAGACAAAUGAUAGCGGGUGGAUUAAGAGUUUGGGUUUUCAGUGGAGAUGUGGACUCAGUGGUGCCAGUUACUGCAACAAGGUAUUCUCUGGCACAACUGAAAUUAACAACCAAAAUUCCAUGGUAUCCUUGGUAUGUUAAGAAGCAGGAGGAUGGACAGAAGUUUACGAAGGGCUAACAUUUGCAACAGUGAGAGGGGCAGGUCAUGAGGUGCCACUGUUCAAGCCAAGAGCUGCUCUGCAGCUAUUCAAAUCAUUUUUGAGAGGAGAACCUCUUCCAAGGUCUUGAUGAAGAAGGACAACAAAGAAAAAUGAAAAAAAAAAAAAAAUUUAAUUCUAAGUCUUUGGUAUUGAAUAGAUGUUAUUGUUAUGAACAAAGAAAUUAAUUAAUUAUCAUUGGAAAUUAAAUUAAGUUAAGUUAGUAGGGAGAGGGAAAGAAAGAUUUUUAUAUGUGUAAUAGGAAAAUUGGAAUGAACAAGGUUUCCCUAUCCAUUUCUUUGAAUGAAAAGUUAGUGGAAACCAUUGCAAUGAUCUCAUCCCUUUAUUCAAACAAUUUGGUAAUGGAAAACAGGGAAUGAAUUUGUCCACA